CAGCCCGAGAUCACUUUUUCUCGCUUGUUUCACUAUCUCGCGGCACCUUUCUGCUUGCGGAGAGGAAAGCAUGGGGCCUGCAAGCGCACGGGGGCCUCGGGAGAAGGCUGGGAGUCGCGUCGCCCGCCCCCGUUUCUCAGCUUCUGCUGUGUAAUCAGCUGCCCUUGUGGAACCCCGGCCAGCGCUGUGGCUGGAUGCCUGUGUGACUGACUGCCGGUCCGUAUGUCAUACAGAAGCAACAUGUUCCCAGCACUGGAAGCAGAGCUAAAGCAGAAGGUCGGUACACACCCCUUUCCGGGAACUCCACAGACAUCCAAUGCUAACUAGAUCAGAAGACUCUUCCUGAUCCCUAUGAAGUCUUUAUGUACCAUCAUCUCCAGUACUAUGGCUACUUCAAAGCUGGAAGAGGCAGUGUACCAAGCUCUGCUACGCACCAGCAUGUUCGGAAGAAUAAUCCCCGAAUUGUCUUGAGUGACUCCUUUAGGGGAAGAGAUGAUUUGAUAGCAGACCACCUGGAAAAGGAGAACCUUCUAUGCUCUACCUGUCUAUCCUCAGCUGUGCAUCAACAGGCAGAAGCUGUGAGCAAAGAUUCCUUUAUGCUGAGUUCAUCACUGCUCAGGAGCAGACUCUUUCUUCACGAUGAUUUUGGUGAAGUGAGCCCAUGUCUUCGAGAACCUCAAGAUCUCUUUGACCUUUACUCUUGCUCCGUGCCACUGCAGGCUCCCAGGUGGCCGAUAGAAUGCGAGGUCAUCAAAGAAAGCAUUCAUCAUAUUGAAAGAGUUCCACCUCAACCAGAAUAUUUUUAUCAACCUACAGGAAAUGAAAAGGUACCAGAAAUUGUAGGAGAGGAAAAAGGCACAGUUGUCUACCAAUUAGAUUCAGUGCCCACCAAAGGCUCCUAUUUCACCAGCUCCAGAGUGGGAGGCAAGCGGGGCGUGAUCAAGGAGCUCGCAGUCACACUGCAAGGUCCGGAAGAUAGCACCCUCCUGUUUGAAUCGAGGUUUGAGAGUGGGAAUCUGCAAAAAGCUGUCAAAGUAGACACCUAUGAGUAUGAACUCACCUUACGAACUGACCUCUACACAAACAAACACACGCAGUGGUUUUAUUUUCGAGUUCAAAACACCAGAAAAGAUGCCACCUAUCGCUUCACCAUCGUCAACUUGCUAAAACCCAAGAGCCUUUACACCAUAGGGAUGAAGCCGCUCAUGUACUCCCAGCUGGAUGCCGAGACCCGCAGCAUUGGCUGGAGGAGGGAAGGAAGUGAAAUCAAGUACUACAAGAACAGCACGGAGAACGGGCAGCUGUCCUUUUACUGUCUCACGUGGACCGUUCAGUUUCCACACGACCAGGACACUUGCUUCUUUGCCCACUUCUACCCAUACACAUACACGGAUUUGCAGUGCUACCUCCUGUCCGUGGCAAAAAACCCUAUCCAGUCUCAGUUCUGCAAACUCCGGACUCUAUGCAGGAGCCUCGCGGGAAACACCGUCUACCUGCUCACCAUCACCAACCCUUCGCAAACUGCGAAAGAGGCUGCUGCCAAGAAAGCCGUGGUCCUGAGCGCCAGGGUCCACCCUGGGGAAAGCAACGGCUCCUGGAUCAUGAAAGGCUUUUUGGACUUCAUCCUUAGCAGCUCCCCAGACGCCCAGCUGCUCAGAGACAUCUUUGUCUUCAAAGUGGUCCCCAUGUUAAAUCCGGACGGAGUGAUUGUGGGGAAUUACCGGUGUUCGUUGGCUGGCAGGGACUUGAACAGGCAUUAUAAAACCAUUCUGAGGGAGUCUUUCCCCUGCAUCUGGCACACCAGGAACAUGAUCAAGAGACUUCUUGAGGAAAGGGAGGUUCUCCUGUAUUGUGAUUUCCAUGGCCACAGCCGAAAGAACAACAUCUUCCUCUAUGGCUGCAACAGCAACGAUCGCAAGUACUGGCUUCACGAGCGAGUCUUUCCUUUCAUGCUGAGCAAAAAUGCACCAGACAAGUUCUCUUUUCACAGUUGUAAUUUUAAGGUCCAAAAGUGCAAAGAAGGAACAGGACGAGUCGUGAUGUGGCGGAUGGGAAUCCUGAACAGCUACACCAUGGAGUCUACCUUUGGCGGGUCCACCCUGGGCAAUAAAAGAGACACUCAUUUUACCACUGAGGAUCUCAAGUCCCUAGGCUACCAUGUCUGCGACACCCUCCUGGAUUUCUGUGAUCCUGACCCCACCAAGUUCAUGCAGUGUCUGGUAGAGCUUAAAGAGCUCUUACAACAGGAGAUUUAUAAGAAAUUCAAUGAACUUGAAUCAGAUAUGGAUGUAGAAAGUCGAUGGAACGACAUCUCUUUGUCUGACAUUGAAUCCAGCACCAGUGGUUCUGACAGUUCCCUCUCAGACGGUCUCCCUGCUCACCUCCUGAACAUAGCAGAUGAGUUGGAUCAUAAGAAGAAAGUGUACAAGAAGAAAAAGAAGAAGCCCCUUCAGACGAGGAAACAACGAAAUGAACAGUAUCAGAAAAAUAAUAUGAUGCAGGAGUUCAAGUCAACAGAAGAUGCCCUGAAAAUGCCAGGAUUUGCUUCCACGAUGCAAAAGCAGCCUACCUUUUUAAAAAUUUCUGAGAAUGCCAGUUCUUCAACAGUAAAAAAUGAAAGACCAAGGAUGAAUGAGUCACAGUUAAAUGGAAGAGACAAGGGCAUCUCCCUGGACCCACCAAAGGCAACUGGCUUGAUUCUGACUAAAAAGAAAGAAAGAAAAGAGAAAAGCCAGGAUUUACAUGCUCUUCAAAGAGAAGCACAAACACCGGCAAAGAACCAGAUCCAGAUACGAAGCCAGACUGGUCCAGGAACAGGUUUCUUGCCACAAAGAGGGGCCACACCACGAUGGAAGUGUACCCAUCCUUGCACAUAUACACAUACCCGUAGGGCACUGGGGCCACACCACACGGUGGUUCCUUGGCAUGUUUUGGGUGAGACGCAUUUGUAAUGAGGGAGUUGUGUGGUGGGUAACCAAGCUUGUUGGUGGUGUACUGUGUUGUGCAUUCACGUGCACUGACCUUCCACUGUGUGCAUGCCUUCAAGAUGUACACCUCAUGAAUUAAAUUAUUUUAUAAAAUGAAGCUUCAUUGUGAUGUCUGGAAAAGCUUCCUUUAUCAGAAGUUCAAGUGUGUUCUCAUGGAACUACCGCACAGAAAUACCUCAUUUUAACCAAUAGAUAUCCUGUCCAAAAUUAUGUGCAAAUCAAUUUUUAAGUGAUCAAACUCUGUUUUAAACAUAUUGUGUGAGUGGGCCAUGUCAAAAAUGUGUCACAACUUGCUAGUGAUGUCAAACUGUGGUAUCUCAGACUUGCUCAGGAUGUAGUGUUGCCACAUACAGAAAACAAUUCAUGUAUUAUCCGAAAUUUAAUGUUACAUAUAUUAUGUUCAGCACAGUUAUGUAAGUUUUAAAACCCAUUGAUUAAAAUUCUUUCUCUCUAA